UUCCAAUAUAGUUCCGUUUAAUCAUCUUUUUAUUAAUUAAAUUAUUCUAUAAAUAAAUAUACUUUAUACAUUGAGAUAAGAUAUCUUGUUUAUCUUCUAUAAAUUUGACAAAUAGUUCAGUAUAUUUCUGCAGAUGGCAGAGUAAUCGUAUUAACACAUCACUGUUCUCCAUGUGCAUUUCUUAUUUACAUUUAUUGUGUUCCUUUUCAUUUAUUUCGAUUCAAUAAAUAUUGAUCACAAUCAUAAAAUCUGUUCUAACUUCAAUGUUAACUGUAGUGAUAAAUAAUAAAGUGACAUUUUCGAAACAAAAUAUUCAUCACAUUGUGAUAACAUUACGUCUUCACUUAUCCCUAGACAUAAGCAGCUAGUGACUUUAUUAUAUUUUCUGAGAAAUUGGCAACACUUUUCAACAGACAAUGGAAAUUUGCAUAGAUUCUUUAGAAUCAGCGAAAAAUGCAAUCGAAGGUGGUGCAACGAGACUCGAAAUUUGUUCUGCCCUUUCCGAGGGUGGUUUAACACCUACUCCUAGCUUUUUACAAAAAAUUAAGAGUUUUUCAUCUAUUCCAAUUUAUGCUAUGCUUCGAAUACGUUCCGGAAAUUUCGUAUACACGAAAGAAGAAAUGGAAGUCAUGUUACAGGAUUUAAAAAUAUUAAAAAAUUACGGUGCUAAUGGUUUCGUUUUUGGCGCAUUAACGUCAGAUAAUGAAAUCGACGUGGAAUCUUGCAAAGAUAUUCUUUACGCUGCUCAAUCAUUACCAGUAACCUUCCAUCGGGCUUUCGACGAAGUCAACGAUCCCUUAAAAUCUUUGAAAAUAUUAAUAAAUUUGAAAUUCGAGAGAAUUCUAACUUCUGGACAAAAAGAUACCGCAGAAGAAGGAUUAGAAUUGAUAAAAAAGCUCGUUCAAGAAGCUCAAAACAAAAUAAUCGUGAUGCCAGGUUCUGGUAUUACUAAUAAAAAUAUCUUGAAAAUAAAGAUGAUAUCUGGUGCGAAAGAAUUUCAUGCAUCAGCUAAGAAAAAGGUGGUAAUUCCGUAUGGUAUAAAUAAAGUUAAAAUUGGUGCUAAUAGAGAAACUUACAUCACAAUGACUGAUAAAGAAUUAGUGCGAGAAAUGGUUCGAAUUUUACUGAAUACUAUAUAGUGUUCACGGUGAUAGACUAUGCAUUUUUAAAUCGAAGAAUAUUUUUCUUGAAGUCACGAACCUGUUUCUUUAUAUAACUGGUUUCUCGAUAAAAAAUUAAAUUCUA